UAGACGAGUUUCGAUCCCAGGUCGUUAACGUACAGAUCUGCUCAUACAUACUAUAUAUAUAUAUAUAUACAUACAUACAUACACACACAAAAGCAAAAUCUAUAAAUAGCCUAGUGAAAGAGAUGGAAAGGUACUCAAUAGAUGCAAUAACCUCAAAUGGCAACAUGUCUCAAAGAGCCAUGUUAAACUCAUCAGUAGCUGCUGCAGGCAAUAACAAUCCUCCGCGGCCAAAUUACCCUUGUCCGUAUCCGUUGAAACCUCAAUCAAGAGUUGCAUCAUUCUCUACAUAUCUACCUCCGAAAGAUCAAAAACAAGAAAGUAAUGUUCCUGAUUCCGAACUCAACAUAUUUGAAGCUGAGAGAUACUUCAAUGAUGUUCAAGAUCGGAAAGAACUAAACAACAAUGUUUCGACUAUGGGCCCGAGUCUUGGUAGAGUUUGUGUAUAUAGAAAUGAUGAAACUUCAAUGGCGAAUCCUAGACUAUCUGCCGUUUCUUCUGUUGAUGGUUCUUCGACUAAUUAUGCGAGGAAUUUUAGAAGUGGGUCUUUCCAUGCAACACCAACAGCGUCAUCUGAAGCUAGCUGGAACAGUCAGACAGGUCUACUCUCAAAUCCACCAGGUUCUAUUGCUGUUUCUAUGAAAAAUCUCCGGUUAGACGACAAGAGGAAAAUGAACAGAGCCUUGUCUAAUUCUUCUUCUUCGUCAUCUAAAUGGUUUUUCGGCCGAAAGUGCCCAUGCACCGGAAGUAAAUCACUGCAAGUCCAAGAAGAUAUCUCUGAACACAACAAAAGUAGUCAGGUUGUGCAACUUAGCAAUACUAGUACUGGUACUAGUUUUAAGAAACAAAGCUUUUCUAGUUCCGCCGGGGAAGAUGUUUAUAUCAAAGCUACAAUGGAGUUUGAAAGAGAGAAAGCACAUAAUAACUGGGUGAAAGUACAAGAAGUAGUUCCAGUCAAGGAUUCCGAUGAUUUCCUACCGGAAAAACGAUGGAACAGAUCAUUCAGUAAUGAUACUGGAGGUGGUGGUGGUGGUGGCGCUGGUGGUGCCUUUUCAUUUCCUAUCUUAAAUGCUCCUAUUUCAGCUACCACUAAAGCAAAUUUCAAUGGUGGAAAGCCUGUACUGAUGAUCCAGCAGCUCGACGAUCCACCCCGAGAAUCAUUAGAAGUUUUUCAGCCAACAGAAGAGCCAAUUAGUCUAAGAAAGUCUACAGAUCUUCAACGACGAGUCCUAAUGUCAUUUCCUGAAGAGAGUGACCGCCGGAGUUUCAAUUAUCCGGGGAGUCCGAAACUCCGACCAAAUGACGAUGAUGUAAUGAGUGAUGCAAGCUCCGACUUGUUUGAGAUUGAGAGCUUCUCAACUCAAUCAACAAUGUUUCCAAUGUAUCGUCGGAGGGACUCCCUGGAUGAGACUUCGAGUUAUGACGGUAGGCGGUACGGCGGGAUUGGUACACAUUUCCGACGUAGUCUUGAUGAGACGACACCGUCUAUAGCACCAACAGAGUGUUACGAACCAAGCGAAAUGAGCAUUGACUGGAGCGUGACUACGGCUGAAGGAUUCGACAGAGGGUCUGUGUCAAAUUUCUCAGUCGCCGCCCCAUCAGAUCACGAGGAUGCUAGGUUCAUGAAUAACAUUGAUACAAAAAUGAGCACCCAAAGCACAAGUAAUCGAAAAGGAGCCGGAUUAUUUAGUUGCCGGUAUGAAAAGGCAGUUAAUGUAGGACCACAUCCGGUGAAGCGUGUCUCGCUGGAGCAACACAAUCAAGUUGGUGGUGGGAAAUAUGGAAUUGAAUCCGGUCGGAUUAACCCAGCAAUGUCAAGGACAAUGGACAGGAAUUCACUGCAGAAGGGAAAUGGUAAUAAAUUAGGAGUACCAUUUGCAAGGUCUCUAUCAGCUAGAAUGUCUUAUAAUCAAGCCUUGACGACUCGUUCAUGAGUGCAGAGUUGUGGCCUGCAGGGUGAACUGAAAUUGUUUCUAGCUCCUCUGACGAAAGUGCUGGUAAAAUGGAAUGUAGAUCUGCAGCUUUUAAAGAGUAAAAUGCAGCAGUAGCAGUAGCUCCUGAACCCUGAACGUCUUUAUGCCAGUGUUUCGUCAUAGAUUCGUCUGGAUCUCUGGCAAUACUUUCAAACUCAGACUGAACCGUGAAAAUACAGAACAAGCGUGGAACGAAGAAACGUCAGUUCAUAUAAAGACACUUUCAUUUCCAAUCCAAUGUUUCAUGGUUGGUUUACAAAGAAGAUUGAUUGACUGUAAACCAUAUAGAGAUAUCUGUAUUGACACUACACUGUAAAAUUCAAAAACUUAAGAAAGAACAUAAGAAAACGA